AUAAGGAUCACACACAAACCAUCAAUACAUGCAUCGACUGUGUUUAUUUAUUAAUGAGGUUAUGAAUGCAGUUAAAAAGCACAUUUCGGUUUUAUUUGCUUACUCUCCGUUUGGAUGUCGUGAUCAGUCAGCUCGUGCAACCGGAGAAGCGAAAAGGUUCUUGGCGCUCGAGGUUGGGUGAAAGGAAAGGAAAGGAAAGGAAAGAAAGGAGCAGACGGAUGUCUCUCGCUUGCGAAAGAGAAAUGUUCGGGUCGGAGCGCGCGCUGACUGGAAAAGGGGGAGAGGGAGAGCGCGCGAGAGCGAGAGAGAUGGAGGCGGGGGGAAAAAAAGUCUCGCGGCUCUGCGGGGACUGGAGGAGCCUCGUGCCCUGGACCGGCGGCGCGCGGCUGGCCAACGUUCAACCCUCCCCUCGUUCCACACAAGCAGUUUCCAACCACGCGCGCGCUGCGACAGGUCGAACUCGCCGCCGCCUGUUUCUUCUUCGUCGUCGUCGUCUUCGUCUCAACAACAACAACCGCUGGGUUUUUAACCGCCUGCCUGAGAAGUGAUAUUCAAAAAUGAAUGGAGGCAUGGAUUCCACCAGUAAAGAGCCAGUUGUAGUUUGGGCCCAGGAUGAUUUACUGAAACUCUUGGAUUGCAUGAAAGUGAAUCUGCCAGAGAAGGACCUGACCAAGUAUAAAACAACUGAAGCUCAUCUUGACUGGGGAAAAGUUGCUUUUAACACGUACUCAGCUGAGAUGUGCAAACAGAAGUGGCUUGAGGUCUCAAGAGAGAUCCGUAAAUUCCGCACAUUGACAGAGUUAAUUGUGGAUGCUCAAGACUACAUCAAGAAUCCUUAUAAAGGAAAAAAACUGAAGAAACACCCAGACUUCCCUAAGAAGCCACUGACCCCAUACUUCCGCUUCUUCAUGGAAAAGAGAGCAAAGUAUGCUAAACUUCACCCUGAGAUGAGCAAUCUGGACCUUACAAAGAUCCUUUCCAAAAAGUACAAGGAGCUGCCUGAACGUAAAAAGGAGAAAUAUGUGAAUGAUUUUCUUAAAGAAAAGGAAACUUUUGAAAUUAACAUGUCAAAAUUCAGGGAAGAUCAUCCAGACCUGCUGGAGAACACGGGCAAGAAAGCGUCCAAUGUACCAGAGAAACCUAUGACUCCACAGCAGCUGUGGUACAACCAUGAGAAAAGAGCUUAUCUCAAAAUUCACCCUGAGGCCACAACCAAAGACAUUAAAGACAGUCUGGGGAAAAAGUGGACACAGCUUCCAGAUAAAAAGAGAUUGAAGUGGAUCACUAAAUCUCUGGAGCAACAUAAGCAGUAUGAGGAGAUAAUGCGGGAGUUCAUUCAACAACACCCGCAACUGAACCUGACGGAAGACAAUAUCGUCAAGACCACUUUGACAAAAGCAGAAAGACAGCUGAAGGACAAGUUUGAUGGGCGACCAGGCAAACCCCCAUCGAACGGUUACUCUCUGUUCUGUGCUGAGCUUAUGUCUGGCAUGAAGGAUGUUCCAAGCACUGAGCGCAUGGUCAUGUGCAGUCAGCGCUGGAAACUGCUCAAACAGAACGAGAAAGACGCCUAUCAAAAACGCUGUGAGCAGAAAAAGAAAGAAUAUGAAGUUGAGAUGAACCGAUUCCUGUGUAGCAUUUCAGAGGAAGAACAGCAGAGAAUCUUGUCAGAGCAAAAGAUGGUCGGAUUUAAAAAAUCCACUGGUGUUACCGCCCCCGGUUCCAAAAAGAGCUCUAAAGCAAAGAGUAGUCCUGUUAAACCAAAGCGACCAAUCUCUGCCAUGUUUAUAUUUGCUGAGGAAAAGAGGCCGAAACUUCAGCAGGAGAGGCCUGACUUGUCUGAUAGUGAACUAACUAGACUUCUGGCCCGAAUGUGGAAUGACCUCUCAGACAAGAAGAAGGAAAAAUACAAGAACUUGGAGGCAGUGCUGAAGGCAGAGUCAGAGAAACGAGGGAAAGAUGAGCAAAGCAAACUGCCGGAUCCACCAAAGACUGCACAGGAAAUUUGGCAGCACAGUGUCAUUGGUGAUUACUUGGCCAGGUUUAAGAACGACCGAUCAAAGGCACAAAAAACCAUGGAGGCAGCUUGGACCACUAUGGAAAAGAAAGAGAAAAUCAUGUGGAUCAAAAAGGCUGCAGAGGACCAGAAGAGAUAUGAAAGAGAACUUAGUGAGAUGCGCUCUCCUGCUGGUGUGGUUGCCUCUGGGAAGAAGAUAAAAUUUGAAGGAGAGCCUAAAAAGCCACCAUCAAACGGCUACCAGAAGUUUUCUCAGGAAAUGCUCUCUAAUGGGGAGCUGAACCAUCUGCCCAUGAAAGAGCGUAUGACUGAAAUCGGUGGCCGUUGGCAGAGCCUUCCGCAGAAGGAGAAAGACUGCUACAAGAAAAUUGCAGAGGAGAAACAGAGGCAAUACAAAGUGCAGCUUGAACAGUGGCUAGCGAGCGUAUCCUCUCAAGUGAGAACUGCGUAUAAGGAAUACAAUACCUUGAAAAGGAGAAGCACAAGUAAACCAGGUGGUACCCGUGCUAAACAGAAAGCCAAGCCUAAGACCUCAGAUGAAGAGGAGGAAGAUGAAGAGGAGGAGGAGAAGGAGUCUGAGGAGGGAUCAUCCAGUGCAGAGGAGAGUGAAGAAGGGGAUGAUGAAGAAGAUGAAGAUGAUGAUGAUAAUGAGGAAGAGGAUGAAGAGGCAGAGGAUAAGGAGAAUAAAUCUGAGAGCAGCAGCAGUGCAUCCAGCUCAGAGGAUUCCUCUGACUCUGACCCCGAGUGAGGGGGAGCUGGAGCAGUGCAAGCCCACAGACUGCCACAGACCCUGUGAACUGAGCCAUGAGGCAGAGCCUUGGUCCAGCAGUGCACUCCUCCAGCCACCAUGGGGAGUUUUCCACUGCACCAUCUCGUCCAUUUGCAUCUCUCACACGCCUUCCUUUUGCUUUAGCCUUUUCCUCACCUCAUCUACUUGCCUGGCUGAGCUUGCCUGAUGAGUUUAUUGAGGACUGAGAGGAUUUCUAAAUUCCCCAUGGGUAACACACAAUUGUAACUUUAGUCAAAGAUAAAUGAUCCCAUGUGAGUGAUUUAUAUUUUAAGAUCUUUGAGGAUUUCAAACCUUUUUCUUACCAUCACAUUUUGUGGCAUUGUUUUGAAGGGUUAUUUGAAGGAAAAGUAUGGGUUCUUUUCCAGUCUUUUUUAGGGGAAUCAGGGACCCAUGAGCCAAAGAAUCUUGUAGCUCAGUGGGUUUCUCUGAGGAGUUGAAGUGAAACAAAUGAUUCUCCUCUCUAGUCUAAUCUACAUCACUUUUUUCCUUUUUUUUUAAUGUUUUUUUUUUUUCCCCUGUCCUGCUGUAGUGGUGUAAUUUUGCUUUUUGGUUCAUUAUGUGGUAACUUUAGGAACAGUGAAGUGAUUUAUUUUUUUGAAUGCCAGUCCAUGUGGAUUGCAUGUAAAUAAGCCACCCAUCUCUGGUGCUUUUUAGGUGUUGGCGCUUGAAUCUCCUCCAUCCAUGUUUUCUGUUUUCCCUCCUUUUGUAUAAAUGGCAGAGAUUCCUUUUUUGUUGUUGUUGGAUUUUAACAAUUCUCAAGUAAUUGCUUUAAAGUCUUUAAAAUAAAAAAUAAAAUAGCCAAAAUAUUAUAUUUUGCCCAGAUGUGGUACAGUUUUGAGAGGAAUCUCCUCCCCGAAAUCAAAUUAUUACUUAGGGAUUGUAAUUGGUUUUGGUUUGUUUAGUCCAACUUUUUUCCUAUUUAGCUUUAUUUAUUUUAAUUUGUUUUUCAGGGCUACACAUUUUCUUUUUAAAAAUAGUUUGUUUUUUAAAUAUAUUGCUUUAUUUUAAAUGUCUAGUAUGUAUUUGAUUUUUUUUUCUUGCACUUAUCUCAAACAGCCUCAUCUGCUGACGGUCCUCUCGGUGUCUCCUUCCCUUUAACCUAUUUGAAUUUUUUUUAUAGUUACUGAUGCAUUCUGAUACGCACCAGCUCAAGGAAUGUAAACAAAUGGUUUAUUUAACAGAGGAGAGGUCCUUUAUGUUCUGUAUAUAUGAACAGUAUGGGGUAGCUGUUUUUUUUUUCCCCUUUUAUUUGUGCCCUGCGUUUGGAAAAAGAAAAAAAAAUGCAUAAACAUUUUAAGAUGUUGCUAGUUUUUGAGCUGUGUGAGCACACCACUCAGAUCACUUUCACUGUUUUAUGCCCCAACACAACAUUAUAGGAGGCCCAGAGUUGUUGCGUCUGUUCCCCUCUGAAUGAACAAGACGUGAUGAUGUGUGUCUAUAUAUCUAUCUUCUUAAAUGAAACCGCUUAUUUAUGACAUUUGUUGAGGAGCAUAGCAGCUAUGGAACCCACUGUAGAUUUGGCAAUAGGAUUAGAAUUGAUGAGAUUGGUGUGGAUGGAUCUGGUUCACUGCUGUUGUAUGGUAAUUGUAAAUAUAAUUUUUUUUUUUUUUUUUUUUUUUUUUUAAUUUUUAUUGAGUGACCAUGGUUUAAUUUGUAUUCUCAUUUGACCAAGCUUCCCUAUGCGCUGCUUGCAGCAGCCACUGGUCUGGAUUAGUUUGUCAUUUGCUCUGAGGAGGAAAAUUUUAAAUUUGUUUUAGUUUUUAUACCCCUCAGCUAUUUGUUUAUUUGUAGAAAUGGCAAAAAAAAACAUGAAAUUUGUACUGCUAAUUUGGAACAUUUGGAUGUUUUCUAUAGUCAGAGGUGUUCUAUUCCUGGAAUAUACCAUUUGAACAAAUAAAACUGUCUUUAGCAAAA